GCUUGAGCGCCAGGGACUGAGUGAGCAGACGAUACCGUGUGUCUAUCUCGACGGUGUAAGAUCGAUAGGACUUCGUGAUUCCACGAGACCGCAUGCGAGCUGCUUUGUGUGGAAUAUUUGAAGAAAAUAUUUGAAAACUGGUUGGAAAAAAUGAGUAAAUCACAGUUAUCUAUUGACGAACUGGUUACUGCUGAUUUAGGACUAUUGAAAGAAAAGGAGAAGGACUUGGAACAGUCGUCUAAUGACUCCUCAAGCAAUAGUUCUGGGAGUACCGAGAGUGCAGAUGAGACGUCUAGGGGGAACUGGUCAGGUCGACUUGACUUCCUUCUCUCCUGUAUUGGGUAUGCCAUAGGCCUAGGAAACAUUUGGAGGUUCCCUUAUCUCUGCUAUAAAAAUGGAGGCGGAGCCUUCCUUAUUCCUUACUCUAUAUUUCUGGUACUUUGUGGCAUUCCGCUGUUUUUCAUGGAGGUGAUAUUCGGACAGUUUGGAAGCCUAAGUCCUAUCACAAUCUGGAGGAUCUGUCCACUAUUCAAGGGUGUUGGGUAUGGAAUGGUGAUUAUCUCGGGCAUCGUUUGUGUUUAUUACAACAUCAUCAUUACCUGGACAAUUUACUACCUGUACCACUCCCUACGUGCUGUCCUACCCUGGAGCAUGUGUAACAACUGGUGGAACACGGACCAAUGUUACAUACGCACCGGCCCUAACGCCAUAUCACCAACCAACAACGAAACGACGACGGUCAACAGUUUAAACACCACCUUUUAUAAUGUUACAACAGGGAAUGCGUCUCUGGUCCAGAUGGUCGCUGGAAAUGUAUCCACUGCCAUUCAGAAUGUUACAAAGAGGAUGACGGCCAGUGAGGAAUUCUGGGAGAGAAAAGUUUUACAGCGGACAGCCGGGAUAGACGACAUGGGAGAACUGAGGUGGGACCUCUUCAUCUGUCUUUUCAUUGCCUGGGUAGUCAUCUUCCUCUGCCUGUUUAAGGGUGUCAAGUCUUCUGGGAAGGUUGUGUAUUUCACCGCCACUUUUCCGUACCUCGUGCUGCUAAUUCUUCUUGUCCGGGGACUGACACUACCAGGUGCCGGGGCUGGCAUUAAGUUUUACUUAAUCCCUGACUUUAACAAACUCAAAAAUUUUCAGGUGUGGGGGGAUGCUGCAGUACAGAUCUUCUACUCCAUUGGACCAGCCUGGGGCGGUCUUAUUACCAUGGCAAGCUACAAUAAGUUCCAUAACAACUGUUACAGGGAUGCGAUGAUCGUACCAUUUGUCAACUGUGCGACAAGUGUGUUUGCUGGGCUAGUGAUCUUCUCUGUGUUGGGAUUCAUGGCCCACGAAACGGGAGUGGAUAUAAAAAAUGUGGUUACUCAUGGCCCCGGACUGGCAUUUGUGGCAUACCCAGAGGCGAUGACAACACUACCUAUCUCCCCUCUCUGGGCUGUUCUUUUCUUCCUCAUGUUGUUUACGGUCGGACUCGAUACCCAGUUUGGGAUGUUUGAAACUAUGACGAGUGCAUUUGUGGACGAAUUCCCGGAUCUUCUUGCCAACAGGAAGGUGUUAUUCACAGCCGUCAUGUGUUUCAUUGAGUUUCUGCUUGGUGUCCCAUGUGUGAUGCAGGGAGGUGUGUACAUUCUACAGAUCAUGGACUGGUAUUGUGCCACGUUUUCCCUCAUGCUCCUCUGUCUCGCUGAAUGUAUUGCCAUCGCCUGGAUUUAUGGAGCGGACCGAUUCUACAAGGAUCUGGAGCUGAUGAUUGGUUACCAGCCGAGCGUUUGGUGGAAAAUCUGCUGGUGUUUUAUCUCCCCUUCAAUGAUCACAUUUGUAUGGAUAUUCAGCGUAUCCAGCUUCAGUGCGGUGACGUAUGGAGACUACGAAUACCCAGCAUGGGGUAUUGCUCUAGGCUGGAUGUUUGGUCUGGCUUCCCUCAUACCCAUUCCUCUUGUGGCUCUCAUCUCAAUUUUAAACGAACGUGGAUCUCUCGUCACGAGAAUACAAAAGCUUUGUCGGCCUUCUGAGGAUUUUGGUCCCGCUGUACCUGAAUACCGGGAGAAAUACUUUGCCUCACUGGAGACAAGGCAUUCAUACUUACCAACUCUCCGCAACAGACGUCCACGCUCCAAACUUUCCACGACAGAACUGCGGUCGUCACCAGAAACACAGAUCUUCAUUACAUCAUCAUGAUAUUGACAAGUCAUACAAAGAGUGAUCUUGAUAUAUUAAUAAGUGUUUUGUAAAAGUUUCCAUUUGUUAAUAUUAUGUACAUAAUAGUUCUGACCAUUAACAAACUAUCAAGAAUGCUUUAGAAUUAACAUCUCAUAUCGAUUUAUACAGAUGUCAUCCUCAUCUUAAGCUUUUAACAAAAUCAACAAAAACAUCAUAACACAGGUUGUUUUAGGUUUUCAUCGAUGACAAAGCUAAAGUUUCUCAAAAUUCCUUAACUUUAAAUUUUCGUAGGAAAGCAUUACAGAAUUUAAAGGGGCAUUCCUUCGUUUGAAUAAAAUGUAUGUUGCCAAAAUGAAGCUUAAUAGGAAAUAUGUAUUUUUUCAAAAUAUUAAGUUAUAAUCUUUAAAUUAUCAAGGCAGUUUUACUCUCAAGGGAAACCAAAGUGCUUCAGGUAUAAUAAAUCAUAAAAAUUCUCUAUUCGACCCGAAGUAUCACUAAUUACCGCAAAGGCAAACAGUAUUUAGGAUUUUGCCGUUACUUUUAUUACUGGUAGGCACAAAAACUACAUAUCCUUGAAAAAAAGUGUGCACUAUUAGUCUAUACACGAAUAUUUACGGUAAUCCUUAUUCGAGCAUAGAUUUUAUCAAUAGAAAUUUUGUACGUUUCUGAUGUCCAUUCCACUACUGAAUACCCCUUUAAAGAAAGUUCUUUAACUUGUUUUUCUUUCUUUUUUUAAAAUCCAAUAAUGCUUUUCUAUGGAAAUUUUUUAAGUCAAGAUAAUUGGGUACCGAUUCAAUUGGACUGAAAAUAAUGACUCAAAUGCAUCUAAAGUAAUCAUUUGCUAAACAUUUAAUAUUUUUAAUCACAAAAAAAUAAUGAAAGAAAAAAUUUUCACUCGUGUUUGAAUUUCUCUAUUUUAUUAUCAAACAGAGUGUGAAAUUAGUUGAUGUGAUAUAGAAUGUAGGUUUUAAUGGAGGAGUUUUCUAUAUAUGUGUAUGUAAUCUUGUGUGAUAAUGACCAUAAAAAGUUGAAACUCGCUGAGAACUGAAAUUAAUAGAAUUGUAUAAGAAUUGAAAAAAAAGGUUUUAUAAAAUUGCAUGGAGAUAGUAGAAAAAACAUGAUAUUAUGACUUUAAUUUCUAGUAAAAUUUAGUAAUAUUAUAAAAACAGAUUUUUUUUUUUAACUUUCAUAAAAUUGUAGGGAAAUAUAAAGGUAAAGUAAUACUGUGACUUUUUAAUUUUCAACAGAUGAAUAAAAGUAUAAAACAAAGCAUUGUGUCACUGAUGUCCAGUCUAUGACAAUGUAUAAGUGACAUUAAGAGGUAUUGCUAGAGGAAAAAAGGAUAAUAUUCAAAAUAGGGUUGACCUUUUUGAGGUUGGUUAAUUUAGUUUGCUGUAUAUAUUUAUAGUAUAAGAUAAUGAUCACUAAAAUGUUGUUUAUAUUUGUUGGUAUUCAAGUAUUCAUGGUCAUCGAAUUGAACCAUUUUGAUGUCUACUUUGAUUUCAGUAUUUCAUGUAGAUUGUAAAUAAAUAUUUUUCAUGUAACCCAAAUCUAUUUUACAGUUGCUGUUUAAAGAAUGCAACCAGUAUGUAGAUAUGUAUCGUAUUGGGUUGAAUGUUUUUAGAAGAAAUAUUUUAUGAAACUGGUGUCUAAAUAACAUUCUAGUCAUUUACUAGCAAGCGGAAUACAUUAUAAGCAUUCAAUGAUUUUGUGAUUGUCACUCUCACAUGGUUUUGUAGUAUAAAAAUCAACAUCUUUCAUCAAAUUUGGAAAAGAAAAUAUUUUUGAGUAACACAUUUUCUUAUUUUGAGAUAUGGACAUUGAAAAAAGAAUACAUGUGAAAAUGAAAACAAGGAAUUGAAAAUUUAUGAAAAAAAUGAAAUCUUUUUUUUUACACAUGAAGAAAAAAAUAAUCUUGAAGGUCGAAGUGUGCUAAGGGCAUUUCCUUCACUGCCAUUUGCAAGAGUCAAUGCAAGGAAUAAGAAUUAGCAUUAAAUUGCCAAGUUACAAUCUUUGAAUCAUUACAAUGUGAUGGUUUUAUCUUAAUAAACUGAUAUUUGUUAAAUAUAUAAAUUCCCUUAACAUGAUGAUGAAUGUUCAGCAUUGUAUCAAUGUUAUAUAAACUUUUUUUGAACAUAUUUAUUUUUAUUUUCUACAAACCCAAAGUUUUCCUCAUUAUGUUGAGUGAUUUUAAUAUGAUCAAAUUCAUAACGACCAAAUAUUUCACUCGGAUAUUGAUGUCAGGUUUUCAUUUUGUUUAAAUAACCUUAACAUACAUAAACGACAAUGCCAGUUGACGUUAAAUGAGGUAUGUAACGUCUUUUGUAGCGUCAGUUUUUUUUCUGGCAAGAAGGGUGCUAAUUAUUUUACAAUAAAUCAUAUCCGCAGUCACUGAGUGUCACAUGACAUUAGCUAGGACAUAUGUGAUGAUGUCGCAUGACAUUAGUAAGACCUGAUCACAUGACACCAUUUAGGAAAGAACGUCAACAAAUUAUUCUGUUAUUCAAUUUACUAAAUUCAUUCCCACACGACAUUAACGAAUUACAAAUUCCAUUUGACAAAUAUUGUGGCCUUGAUUUUGUAUGUUAUAUGUAAAUAGAAAAUCCCAUUGAUAAAAUACAAAUACAAAUGUUGUCUAAAUUAUAAUCCUCAAUUGAAAUAGUGAAAUUUGAAUUAUAUCAAAAUUUCCAAGGAGGUUUUAGUGGAGUUUCAAACAUUUCAGCAUGUUACCAUCAAACAACUUAAACUGCAUGAAGCCAUUCCUUGGAUUAGGGCAUGUUCCAGCAUUGUUAGUUUAGGUCCGGAUGUAACACAGCGAUUAAUACGUGUAGGAUAUAAAAGUUUAUGUUGAAGAUUUAACUUUAAAUAUCUCAUAUUGAGAUUCACAUGUCAAAUUUUAUUUCACAGUAAAAGAUAUUGUGAACUCUUGAAUAUCAUUGUCAUUUAACUUAUACAAAAGUCAUACAUUGACCAAACUAAAUCAAGUUACCUUAGUUUUUUGCAGGUUUACCACCUACAUGACUCUGCCUAUUGCUAAGAUUUGUCUCACCGACUUUCUUUAUUUAAGGAUUAAACUGUCUUUUUUUGGUGUCUAUGGUCGAUAUAGAUGCCAGAGCUUUGCAAACAAACAUGUCAUAUUGUGCGCUACAAAGCUCUGGCAUCUAUAUCGACCAUAGACACCAAAAAAGACAGUUUAAUGCUUAUAUUUACAUUCUAGACAUAUUCGUUUUGUUAAUUUUUAAAAUUAAAAUUGAGUUAGCAUAAAAAAUACCAAUAUUCAGCGAUUUCGUCAAUGGGGUUCGACAAAUAGAACAGCCUAUUUUUCAAAACUCAACUGUCACGUUUAGAUUGGCAGACAAAAAAGUGCAUUGAAAUAAUCCGAAAAAAACACAGUCUGUUCAAUUUUGUUAAUUAUUUGUGUAACAAUAUUGUAUAAAAUGUCUUUUUGAUACUUUUUAAUUAACAUAAAAAACGAAUUACGUUAGUUACAAGUAGUUCCGGUGGGUGAAUAUAUUCAUGCGCGGCAUGGAUUGAUGUCACGUUUUGGGUGUCAAUUAUGGUCACAUAGACUGCAAAUCUUUUUACUUAGUUUAUAUCGUGGCUUUGCCACCAAAAUGUGAAUAUAUAGUCAGUGUCUGUCGGCUUCCGUUAGUUAAUGGUACCGCCUAUAUGGCUUCACCUAUUGCUAGAUUGUGUCUCACCGACUUUAUAUAGCCAGUGUUCUAUCGGCUUUAGUUAGUUACUAGUUUACCGCCUAUAUGACUCCACCUAUUGCUAGAUUUUGUCUCACUAACUAUCUAUAGUCAGUGUUCUAUCGGGGUUGAUCAAAUUGAUAAUACAUCAUUAUCGUUGUAACAAGGUCCUAUGAUGUCUCUGUAAAAUAAGAUAUUUUCGUGGGUCUCGUACAAGACACUCUUUUGUGGUAAUUGAUUCUUGGAUUGACAGAAUAUGUAAAUGUACUUUUGGUUUUUUGUCUGUAUGUAAUGCGUGGGCAUUUGAAUGAACGAAAAUAUACUCCCACGGAAAUUAAUUUUGUUACAGUAUGCAGAAUGGUUAUCUAUUUAUGUUACAUCACGCCAAACCUUUCUGAAGCCUACAACGCACUUACAUUGUACUGUAGACCCAAGAAAAGCUACUUUGCUGAAUUUAAACAAUGUACUCGCAUCAUAAAGACUGACUUACCACCAAAAAGUGUUGCCUUGCUGAAGGGAUACAUAGCACUAUUAAAUGUUCUAGAAAACUAUGACACAUGAAUUUCAGAAUUCACAUUGUUACGGAUUAACUAAUUUAAGCUUAAGUCUGCUUCGCAAUGGAGCUAUGUUUUCUUUUUAUAAAAGAAAGUACAUGUUAUGUAAUAAAACUUCACUAAAAUUUA